AUAUCAGACACUGGAACAACCUCCAGUGUUGAUAUUGGUCCGAUUAUCCUCGAUAUAUUGUCCCCUUUCCAAUCAUUGAUCUGUCCAAACGUAUCGCUCUAGACAGACCUCACCCUUCAGUCGCUGUUCUCCAUGACAUCGUGAUAUCAAGUCACUUAGUUGUUAACAAGUCCAAACUCCGGGAAAUGCAGGGAUCUGGUCACUGGGACAUGAUCCAAAUAAAGGCCAUUCCAUCUUUCUGUGAAGAAACCUAUAACUUGUAUAGUCCUCAUUGACUGCUCCUACAGGCUUUUCGUCUGUCCGACCCGCAGAUUAGCGCGAGCUCUGUUCCUCGUUCAACCUUCUCCGUACACCACGAGUUGAUAUGCCGGACCCGUUCGCUACCCAGGAGCCGCCCGAUGCUCUCUGGUUCGAGCAGACGAACAAUGCCUCCGUGUACAUCGGCGCCAUUGCAUACGGUGCCCAUAUCGUCAUCUUCUUCAUGUGCGCGUAUUAUCUCGUGCAGGAGAGGAAGAAAGGCAACUGGCGAUGGCUCUCGUUCAUUGCCUUAUUAUUCGCUUUAGGCACCAUCAACGUCGUUAUGAACAUCCACUUCAACGAGCUCGCAUGGAUCGACGAACGUAACUACCCUGGCGGACCUCUUGCUUUUAUUUUGGAGCAGCAGUCGAUCAAGACCAAUAUUGCCGGCAAUGCCGUCUCUGCUGUAGUUCCUUUCCUUGCGGACGGUCUUCUUAUUUAUCGUGUCCACGUCGUUUGGAACAGAUGGUGGAUGAUCGUCAUCCCGAUCCUGGCCUGGCUCGCCUCAUUUGCCAUGGGAAUCCUCACCACCGUCCAAGCAGCCGAGCCCCAAUCCAGUCUCUGGGCCGAUGGCACUCUGAACUUCUCCGUCCCCUACUUCUCACUCUCCAUGGCGCUCAACAUCUUCCUCACCAUCCUUCUCGUCUCUCGUCUCAUGUACAUGCGCCAUAAGAUCACUUCCACGCUUGGAGCCCAGUAUGGCAAGACAUACACCGGUAUCGCUACCAUGGUGUUGGAGUCUGCUCUGCCCUACGGCUUGACAUCGCUUGUGUUCAUUGUGCUUUAUGCAAUUCACAACACUGCAGCCAAUUUAUUACUGCCUUUGCUUGUGCAAGUCGAGUGUAUCUCACCGAUGCUCAUCAUCCUCCGCGUCUCUCGUGGCCGUGCCUGGUCCAAUGACACCGUAUCCGAAGCGCAACUGAGUAAGAUGCGAUUCGGUAGUGGAGGUAACGGUUCGACUACCGCUGGUGGAAGUCAUAGAAAUGGCGAUACGUCUCUGAUCACAUUCAGGGCUGGAUCGAACUCUCAAUUGAGGAGCAAGGAGUCUUACGUCUAAUGUUUUGGUGGCGCUUUAACUGUGGGACACUGAUUUUCGUUCCUUCACUCGAUAUAGGGUAUCAUGGAAUUUACACGAUUCACCUUUUGGUAUUUAUCACUAUCGUCUGGAUGCGCGCACUCCUCCCUACUAUUGUACAUACUACAUACCUGCGUUGAAUGCAUUUCUGUCAGAGGCAGAACCUUUUGCUU